AUGUCGUUCCUCAAAAGGUGAGCUUUUUUUACCGACCUCUUUUUGAAUAUCUCACUGAGAGUACAAAAAUUUUGAAUGGAAGAACAUGAAAAAACUCCAUUCAUACGAUUAUUUUGUUCCUCGUUUGCUCUAUUGUUCGGUCAGCUACAGUGCAGUGCAUGUUGUUCACCACUUGUCAAGUUUUUGCUUGCCCAACCUCCCCCUGACACGUCAUCACCGGAAACUAGAAUCGAAACUGCGAAACUGCCACGUCAUAACGAAAAUCGAUCCGAUUAAACUUUCACAUUUCUGUCCAGAAGAACACAAAAACGAUCAGGCUACACCGGCACCCAGUAGCGUAUGUUUCAAAGUCGAUUUGUAUGUGUUCUGUCUCUUUUCCUCCUCUCACCGUUCGUUUUCGCGUGCGCAACACCAACACAAAACUUUUGCGCAACAACCUGACGACACCUUUGUUUAUUCUUUUUCGCGCACCAACUAACUUGGCACUACUCCAGCUUUUUUGAUCCAGUUUUAACUGUAAUUGGCCAUUUACAUGGCUACGCCGUUACUUUUGCUAAAACACGCGUAAACGGUGACUCACAUGGUUAUGAAAGUACUUUGAAACUGACAUUAGCCAAAUUUCUGUACGAAAUUAGCUCAGUUUGCAUAAAGUGUACCUUAAACCCCCCCCCCCCCUCUCUCUUUUUCCGUAACAUUUCCGAAUAAUUGUACAAAAGUCUUGUAGGGUAAUUCGGUUUCUAACCUACUGAUAAGAUACCAGUGCUCUCGUCCUAUCGUAUCUUGUGACGGGUAAGAAUGAUGAAAACACGAACCGAUAGGUGUUUGCUCGCUUGAGUCUAACUACAACGUGGCAAUCAGGUACAAAACACAGUAAUAUUAUCGCUGUUUUUGUACGCAUUCCUUACGCCCUUUUCCAAAGAAUGAACAUUUUUUGAUUUGCAUUCAUUCCGCAAUUUCCUCCCGAAAUUCUCUCCGAUUCGUUGUCAUUGACAUUGUCUCGUCGCGCACAUACACCGGAGAGUCGGUAAGAGACGCAGGACGUAGGCGUAGGGCAUACGCACAUACAUAUUUUAUUCGUAUCAUCAUCAUUGUAUCAGAAAUUCUCUUUUUCUCGGACACUUGCGGCGAAUGAAUCUUACAAUUAGCCGAAAAAAGUUGGAGAAAUGAUGAUAAAAUGUGUUAGUAAUUGGUCAUGCGAGAGUAAAUUGAGGUCCUCAAGGGCUGGAAUCAGAAGCAGAAAACCAAAGGGGGACAGGUGUGGAUAGCACUUGCCUGGAGACUCCUCCGAACCGCAAACCGGUCUGGUAUACCCUCGCUUUCUUUUGCCUCUUUCUCUUUUCCUUUUCCCGAUCCUUCCACACGCAUCAUACAGUGUACAUAGGGCACGCCACACGUUUAACAAGCCAUUUUGCCGCGUGGGGGCUUUCGCGUGAAAUGGCGCGAAGGAGAGAAGCCUGAGGACAUCCAAAUUAGCAAUCUGUCGGUCAUGUUCUCAGACACAAGAUCAAACAGUUGUUUCUCCUUCCAAAAAUUAUGAUCACGUGAUUUGAUUUGAUUUCGACGGGUGACAAAGUUCUCGUUCUUUUUGUUCCCUUAUCAAUAGGCUAUCAUUAUCAAUUAGCUGUAAAAGUGGUUCCACUUUUCGCUUUCAGCAUUCUUUCCUAAAUUGGACUUUCUCCUCCUAGUUCAAAUUCGAUGUUUGCACAAACACCGUCCCAAGCCAGCACCAGCACAACUGAUAACAACUCUUUCUCUCUCUCUCUCUCUUUUUCUCUAUCUUUUACUCUUCGACAGUCUCAUUUAUCACCGAAAUAUGAACUCUAGCCUAGUGUGGUGCCAUCUCGACGAAUAUUUAUUGGUCGCAGUCCAACCCCUUUCAUUCAUUCAUUCAGUCGUCUUGUAUUUUUGAGGUAAAGGCGUGCCUGGCUCUUUUUUCAUAUUCAAAUUACAUAACUUCUCGACUUUCAGGAAAAUGCCGGACAGUCCCAAGUUCGCGCUGGUCACCUUUGCGGUGUACGCCGUCAUCCUCUACAACGUCAACAGCUUCUUGUGGAAGUUUGUGUUCGUCGCGUUCGUCGUCUUCCGACUAUUGCGAACGGAUUUCGGAAAGAGAGCGCUGGCAACGCUUCCCAGAGAUCUUGCGUGAGUGAUGAGACCUAACAUGGAAGUAAAUUCUAAAAAAUUCACCCAUCCAUAACUUUUGAAGCACAAAAGCUGUAGGUGUAUGUAGCCUUGACCAGAGAUUAGUCAUUUCAUUUCCGUUUGCGCAGAAGGGGAGACCCCCAACAUUAUUAGGUGCAAACUUUACAUCUUUAUCACCUCCAUUCAAACGAAAAAGGACAACACGUAAACGUUUUAUUGCAGGGGACUCAAACUCUUGGUUUCGGUGAAAUCCACAAUUCGACGCAUGUUCAGUAGAAACAAGCCGAUUCAUGAAAUCUUUUUAGAUCAGGUUUGUUGCCUCGGCAUCUCUUUCCGAUUUGGCUGCCAAUCGGAGAUAAAAACGGAUGUGAGAAAUGUGUGGAAUUCUUUGCGGUGUUUUAGGUGAGAGAACAUCCGAAUAAGGUUGCCGUUGUGGAAAUCGAGACGGGAAGACAGUUGACUUAUGUGGAACUCAAUAAACUGGCCAACCAAUAUGCGAACCUGUACGCUGUGAGUUAAAACAACACACAUUCUCAAGUAUGUAGUGAAUCUGAAGCGCAAUUACGCCCAGAUUGAUCUUCUGUAACCGUUAGCCGUCUAUGUUUUGAAUCGAAAACACACAGACAAGGGUAAGACAAUGACAAGACUACAUAGACGAAACUAGAGUCUCAUCAAUUAGUCAGUGAUAAAACUAAACUAGACACCAAAUCGUAAACCUUACCGUUCUCAAUCUCAAGAUCGCAAAACAAUUUACAGAAGGAAGGAUACAAGUUGGGUGAUGUGGUCGCUUUGUUCAUGGACAAUAGCAUUGACUUUUUCGCUAUUUGGUUGGGACUUUCCAAAAUUGGAGUUGUGUCCGCGUUCAUCAACUCGAACUUGAAAUUGGAACCCCUGGCUCAUUCGAUCAACGUUUCCAAGUGUAAAUCGGUUAUUACUAACAGCACCCUGCUUAAAAGUAAGAUCGGGAAAUAUUUAACUCGGGGCAAACGCAUGUUAUUCCAGCUUACAACGCAGCUAUUGAUAAGAAACUGAUCGACUCUUCCAUCAACGUUUUCCUGGCUGGAGAUGAUUCAUUUGGUGGAUACAGAAGCCUUGGAAGAGAUCUUCAUUUGUUCUCCGAGGAAGAGCCACUCCCGGUGCCUGGAUUGGAUUUCAAGAGCGUUUUGUGCUACAUCUACACGUCAGGAACCACCGGAAACCCGAAACCAGCCGUUAUCAAGCACUUCCGCUACUUCUGGAUCUCGAUGGGUUCUGGAAAAGCGUUCGGAAUGCAGAAAAGCGACGUCGUCUACAUCACAAUGCCAAUGUACCACUCGGCCGCUGGAAUUAUGGGCAUUGGAUCGCUGAUCUCAUUCGGUACAACCGCUGUGAUCAGGAAAAAGUUCUCGGCGAGUAAUUUCUGGAAGGAUUGUGUCAAGUACAACGUGACCGCAACGCAGUACAUUGGAGAAAUUUGCCGGUAACUUGUGACGUUGAUGUACGCGUUCUUUACCGGAAACGUUUCAGAUAUUUGCUCGCUGCUAAGCCAUGCCCCGAGGAGAAACAACACAAAGUGCGAUUAAUGUGGGGAAAUGGGCUGAGAGGUCAGAUCUGGAAGGAAUUUGUCGGAAGAUUCGGGAUCAAGAGGAUUGGAGAGCUCUACGGAUCGACAGAGGGAAAUUCCAAUAUUGUAAACUUGGACAAUCAUGUCGGAUCGUGUGGAUUCAUGCCCAUCUAUCCACACAUCGGCGCAUUCUACCCCGUCCGUCUCAUCCGAGUCGAUCGUGCUUCCGGAGAACUUGUCCGCGACAAAAACGGUCUGUGCAUUCCAUGUGUGCCCGGAGAAACUGGUGAAAUGGUCGGAGUGAUCAAGGAGCAAGACGCUCUGCUCAAGUUCGAAGGAUACGUCAGCGAGGGGGACACGCAGAAGAAGAUCUACCGCAACGUGUUCAAAGAGGGCGACAAGGUCUUCGCGAGUGGCGACAUUCUUCACUGGGACGAGCUUGGCUACCUGUACUUUGUCGACCGCUGCGGAGACACUUUCCGUUGGAAAGGAGAGAACGUUUCUACGACCGAGGUUGAGGGAAUCCUUCAGCCGGUCAUGGAAGUCGAGGACGCCACCGUUUACGGAGUCACUGUAAGUGUACAACCUGUAGUCAGUUGAUAAUCCCCGCAUUGAUAAGAGCAUGAUACAUUGGUGUUUGAAUGUGCUCCGAACGUGUAGACUACAUGUACGGUCUGAUAAGAAUAAGAAUUGUUUGGUUUGGUUGCAGGUUGGAAAAAUGGAGGGACGUGCUGGUAUGGCUGGAAUUGUUGUCAAAGAGGGAACUGACGUGGAGGUGACAUACUUUCUCAUUAAUCUUUUCUAAAUUGGAUUAGUUAUUUUCAGAAAUUCCUCACUGAUAUCACAAACCGCCUUUCCGAGAAUCUUGCCUCCUACGCCAUCCCAGUUUUCAUCCGGCUCUGUAAAGAAGUCGACAGAACUGGUAUAAUCCCUCUGAUAUCAAAGACUUCUAAAUCUUCUUAAUUCAGGAACCUUCAAGCUCAAGAAAACCGACCUCCAGAAAGCGGGAUACGACUUGGACGCCUGCAAAGGAGACCCAAUCUUCUACUGGUCGGCCGCCGAUAAGGGAUACCAACCGCUCACUGAACAGAUGCAAAAAGAUAUCGAUACUGGUGUUUACAAUCGGAUUUAA